UUGCAACAAAACUUUUAUUUAAAAUUUAAGUCUUCAAUAAAAAGGUUUUUUGAGAAUAAAUUAUUUUCUGUCAUUCAAUAAUGUCAAUCAAUUCUCUGAGGUCAAUUCCAAUUAGUUGUGAUUAUUAUAAUAUUUUUUGGUUGUGAAUUGUGAUUGGCAUUCAGUGAUUUACGAAACCAUACAAAACUGAUAAAAAUACUAUGACGUAAAUCACUUGUUCGAUCACGAGAUUCAACCAGCGAUAUAUUAAAAAUUCUCUGCACAAGCACUCCAAUUGUCCUAAUUAGGGAAAGUUUUAAAACAUAUACUUAAUCCAAGUAAGAUCAUGGAGUCUGUAUCAGGAUCAAGGACGAGCUCGGCAUCCUUAGAAAAGAAAAACGUGUCCAAAAUUAAAGCCGCUUCUGCCCCUAUUUAUCCCUUACCUAAACAAGAGGAAACCCAACUAAAAGUUCAGAUAUCAGCUCCGUCGUAUUUGUUCUCAUUAAAAGAGAACGAAACCCCACCAUUUGUAAAACCGGGGCGGGAAGCGAGACCUAAAUUACUUAUAGGCACUAUUAUGGACGAAGAUGAUGUGGUCGCUAUGAUAGCUGCUGCAGAUAUUGAUAAAAUAGGUGGACUUCAGAGAUUUAUAGGUAACACACUCGUCGAGAAGAAGAUUAUAGUAAACUACAAUCUACCAGAGAAAAUAUUCCUAACUAGUCUCAUAUCAGAGACUAUUGAGUAUGCGGCUCAGCGGGACUUCCCCGCGUUCAAACAGGCCUGCCUCUUGACCAUAUACUUAAGUUCUCACCUGUACUUCAAAUGGUACUACUGGCAGUCGCCUACCGCUGUCUGGCUUUACUUUAAGGAGUUGAUGAUACGGCAUACCAUUGAGGAUUCUCCAGAUGGUGAGGAAGUGUUUGAGCCGGAGGAAUGUUACGAUAUUAUAACGCAUUUCCACACGGUGUACCUAACCAACUUGCCUCUGGUACACAUCCUGACGUUCGGCGCGUAUCGUCUCAAGUUUUCGUGGCCGUUCAAGCAAAAAGCGUAAUACUCGGUUAAUAUUUGUUAUUGGUGUUAUAAAAAUAAAUAAUUACUGCUAAUAUCAA